AUGAUGAACUGCCCAACAUGGAAAACCAUGGCAAUGACUAUUGUGUUUCUUCAGCUGAGUUUUUCCUUGGAGAUCUUCUGCCUCUCUUCUCAUGCAGAUGCAGAUAGAAUUGUUCAGCUUCCUGGGCAACCCCACAUAGGCUUUCAACAGUUCUCAGGAUAUGUCACAGUGGAUGACAUAAAACACAAGGCUCUCUUUUACUAUUUUGUUGAAUCAGAAACUGAUCCUGCUUCAAAGCCUUUAGUCCUCUGGCUCAAUGGAGGACCUGGUUGUUCUUCUCUGGGAGUGGGAGCAUUCUCUGAAAAUGGACCUUUCAGACCCAACGGGGAAGUUCUGAUUAAAAAUGAGUAUAGUUGGAACAAAGAGACAAACAUGUUGUAUUUGGAGACACCAGUUGGAGUGGGGUUCUCUUAUGCUGAAGGUAGCUCCUCCUAUGUGGCGGUGAAUGAUGAGACAACUGCCAGGGACAAUCUUGUAUUCUUGCAACGCUGGUUCAACAAGUUCCCUCAAUACAGACACACAGAUUUGUUUCUAACAGGGGAAAGUUAUGCAGGCCAUUAUGUACCACAACUUGCAAAACUCAUGCUUGAAAUCAACAAAAAGGAGAAGAUAUUUAAUCUGAAAGGCAUAGCCUUGGGUAACCCAGUUCUAGAAUAUGCCACUGACUUCAAUUCCAGGGCUGAAUUCUUCUGGUCUCACGGAUUAAUAUCAGAUUCAACGUACAAAAUGUUCACUAGAGGUUGUAAUUAUUCACGGUACGUCAGUGAAUACUAUAGAGACUCAGUUUCACCGCUUUGUUCAAAGGUUAUGGGCCAAGUUAGCAGAGAAACUAGUAAGUUUGUGGAUAAAUAUGAUGUCACCCUUGAUGUUUGCAUUUCCUCAGUGCUUUCACAAUCCAAAGUUAUUUGUCCUCAAAGCCAAAAAGCAAAUGAGAGUAUAGAUGUUUGUGUAGAUGACAAAGUUACAAAUUACUUAAACCGACAAGAUGUACAGGAGAUGCUCCAUGCCAAGCUUGUUGGAGUUCGAAAGUGGGAUGUGUGUAGCAACAUCCUGGACUAUGAUAUGCUCAACCUGGAAGUUCCUACACUCCCUAUUGUUGGAACACUCAUAAAAGCUGGAGUUAGGGUCUUAAUUUACAGUGGAGAUCAAGAUUCAGUGAUUCCACUGACUGGAAGCCGCACGUUGGUUCAAAAGCUGGCAAGACAAUUAGGACUGAAUACAACAGUUCCUUAUAGGGUGUGGUUUGAAGGCCAGCAGGUUGGUGGAUGGACUCGAGUUUAUGGCAACAUCCUCACCUUUGCAACCGUCAGAGGUGCCUCCCAUGAAGCCCCUUUCUCGCAGCCUGAAAGAUCACUUGUUUUAUUCAAGUCAUUCUUGGAAGGCAGGCCUCUACCUGAAAUUUUCUGA